UCAGCUUUUCCAUUUUUCUUUUUAAAUAUCCCUACAAAACUGCAUCUAUGGCUUUGCCGGACAGUGGUUUAUGUGGGGAGGAGGUCCCUUUCCCAGAGAUCAUAGAGCUGAACGUUGGCGGCCAGGUGUACAUAACGCGCUACUCUACCCUCACCAGUGUGCCAGACUCUCUGCUGUGGGAGAUGUUCAGUCAGAAGUCAUCCAAGGGGCUGGCGAGGGACACCAAGGGGCGUUUCUUUGUGGACCGCGAUGGUUUUCUGUUCCGCUACAUUCUGGACUACAUGCGGGACCAGCAGCUGGUUCUACCGGACCACUUCCCGGAGCGCGGGCGCCUGCAGCGGGAGGCUGAGUUUUUCCACCUGCCGGAGCUCGUUAAGCAGCUGGCGCCCAAAAUAAGCAAGCAGAACUCACUGGGAGACGAGGGCUGCCCCAGCGACCCGGAGGACUCCUCACCUGGGAUCGACUCAGCGCGCAGCCUGGGGUCCCUGGGGGCCGCGGCCGCCGCGUGCGCCAGCCUGGUCCCCAGCGCCAUGGACGGGAAGCGCUCUGGGUUCAUCACCAUUGGCUACCGGGGCUCCUACACUCUUGGCCGCGACAGCCACACCGAUGCCAAGUUCCGGCGGGUGGCUCGGAUCAUGGUGUGCGGGAAGACCUCUCUGGCCAAAGAGGUGUUCGGGGAGACCCUAAACGAGAGCCGUGACCCAGACCGCCCCCCUGAGCGCUACACCUCCCGCUACUACCUGAAGUUCACCUUUCUGGAGCAGGCCUUUGACAAGCUGGCAGACGCAGGCUUCCACAUGGUGGCCUGUAACUCCACAGGAACCUGCGCCUUUGCCCACGAGCAGACAGACGACAAGAUCUGGACCAGCUACACUGAAUAUGUGUUCUACCGAAAUUCACCUUCCAUUUCUGAGGCAGUGACCACAGAUCUACCAGCUCCUGAGGAAGUGCUUCCUUUCAAACCUUCUGCUCCUCUCUCUGAAUCGACCAAUGUGGAACUCAGCAGCACUGGCAGAACCAAGAGCCUUCCAGAAACCAGCUGCUGCUCUACUCUGGAUCUUCAACAUCCAAUCCCUCCUCCUCCACCUCCUCUUCUUCUUUCUGCAGACAUUCCUGACCUUCCACUUCCAUCACCCCCUAUCCUUCCUCCCCCUCCGCUUUCAACCAAAUCUGCUUCUACCUCGAGUCCUCCUCCUCCUCCUCCCCCAAUGCCUCCCCUCAGAGACAGCCCCCAACGUCCCACCACCCUCAAUAUAAAGACGCUGCCACGGUCCACCGCCAGGGAGAAUGGUGGCCCUCCACAUCGGGUGGAUGAAGAUGAGGACGAGAAGAAGAUGCUGGAAGAGGAUCUGAAAAAAUGUAUUGAAGACUUCAAAAAGAUCCGCUUGCCCGCAGCGUUUCCUGACCGCAAGAGGCACUGGCAGAACGACCUGCUAAAGAAGUACAAUGCGUAAACGAGUUAUUUCUCGAUCUGAUGAUAACAAACCCAAUGAAACGUUCUAUAGACUGCUGGGACAGGCAAAGACAAGAUGUGGUAUACAGAUUUUUCCUGUGUUGCUUUUUGUUAUAACACCUCAAUAAUAUGAUUAGAUAAGGAAAAUCUUUGUAAAUAUCAAAGUGAGUCUUUAAGGAAUCAUUUAAUGUAUUCACAGAAAAGCUUUCUGAACCAGUUAUGUCCAAAAUAAAAAUUAAAAGCCUUCAACUCCUGAUAAAUAGUUACCAACACAGCAGCAACAACUGUUACUAGGUGUUUGGCAUCACCAGCAGUGAGUCUUUUACAUUGCUGUGAAAGGAUUAUUGUCUAUUCUGCUUGCAGACAUCUCUGCAGGUUUUAUGUGCACAGAUGGUUUGUUUAACAACAUGCUAUUCAGAUUUAAGUCCAAAUUUUGACUAGACCCGUCCAAAUUGUAUAUUUUUUCAGAGCUAUGUAGAGCUGGCCCACCAAUGGGCCUUUUGGAUACCUUUCAAGCAUGGUUGAUCUUAAAGAGUUUCAAGCCAAAACUUUAAAGAAAAUAUUUAGAUAAAAAGCAGAACAUAAGAAAAAUUAAAAACAUCUUGACAAUUAACAACUGUGGUGGUAUGAUGGCCUGGGGCUAUUUUGCUGAUUAGAGACCUGAAUGUCAUAGUUUAAAGGAAUUCUAAAUGUUUUCCUUUUUAUUUUUGCAAGUUUUGAUGCAACUUUUUGAAAAGACCCGACCUAUCCACUUAGAAAA